ACUGUAGCACAUUUACCGCCAUCGCCGGUUAGUUGUCGUGUUGUUGUAACUGACAUCUCGAUCGACUCUGCGGUUUAAGAUGGCUCAUACAUAUGUCGUGACAGCUCACAAACCAACGGCUGUCAAUGCCUGUUGUACAGGUAACUUCACGGGGCUGGAUGACUUGAAUCUGAUCGUGGCGCGCAACACACGUAUGGAGGUCUACCUGGUUGCACCGGAGGGUCUGCGGCCGCUCAAGGAGGUUGACAUCCGUGGCCGCAUCGCAGUCAUGCAGCUGUUCCGCCCGCCGAACGAGAAGAAGGACCUGCUUUUCAUCCUGACGGCACGUUACAGCGCCAUGAUACUCGAGUGGGAGCAGCAUGGGUCGGACAUGGAGAUCAUCACGCGCGCCCAUGGCAACGUGCAGGAUCGGAUCGGGCGUCCGUCUGAGACGGGUAUCAUCGGCAUCAUCGACCCGGAGUGUCGCGUCAUCGGGCUGCGUCUCUACGAUGGACUAUUCAAGGUCAUCCCACUGGAACGAGACAACCGCGAGCUGAAGGCAUUCAACAUCAGGCUUGAGGAGCUUAACGUGAUAGAUGUGAAGUUUCUAUACGGAUGUCCCGUCCCGACCAUCAUUCUCGUCCACCAGGAUCAAAAUGGGAGGCAUGCCAAAACGUACGAAAUCUCUCUCAAGGACAAGGAAUUCCUGAAAGGUCCUUGGAAACAGGACAAUGUUGAGGCUGAAGGUAGCAUCAUUAUCACAGCAGCGGUGACGAUGAUGGUGAUGACAGCAGCGGUGACGAAUGAGGUGGUGACAGACCAGCGGCUGACGAUGGCGGUGGUGACAGCAGCGGUGACGAUGAUGACGAACGGACAGCGCGCGCAGAACGAGAGCGGGAAACAAGUGAACGUGCUCGCUCACACCGGUGUCGGCGGCGAGGUUGAAGUAGAAAGCGGAUCCGUCGCGCGAGGCAACGCAGCCAGCUACCUGAGUGACAGGAAGAAGGUGACGCUGGGCACGCAGCCGACGGUUCUGCGUACGUUUCGCUCGCUCUCCACCGUCAACGUGUUUGCUUGCUCCGACCGUCCCACUGUCAUCUACUCCAGCAACCACAAGCUAGUGUUCUCUAACGUCAACCUGAAAGAAGUCAGCUACAUGUGUCCACUCAACUCUGACGGAUACCCGGACAGCCUCGCGCUAGCUAACGACAGCACGCUAACGAUCGGUACGAUCGAUGAGAUCCAGAAGCUGCACAUCCGCACCGUGCGUCUGGGAGAGUCGCCGCGUCGCAUCGCGUACCAGGAGUGCGCGCAAGCCUUCGCCGUCAUCGCAAACCGCAUAGACGUGCCUGAUGGUAACGUGCUGGUGCCCUCACACCCCAGCGCCAGCACACAGACGACGAUCGCGGAGUGCCUCACGUACCUGGACAAUGGCGUCGUCUACGUGGGCUCGCGUCUCGGCGACUCGCAGCUCGUGCGUCUCAACGUUGAGGCGAACGCUCGCCGCUCGUACGUCGACGUCAUGGAGACGUUCACGAACCUCGGUCCGAUCCUCGACAUGUGCGUCGUUGACCUUGAGCGCCAGGGUCAAGGCCAGGUGAGGUCAAUGUCAAUGUCAGUUGGGGUCAGUCAAGAGAGAGUCAUACGUAACGGCAUCGGCAUCCACGAGCAUGCCAGCAUUGACCUUCCCGGCAUCAAGGGCGUCUGGCCGUUGCGUGGCGCCUCACAGAGCGCUGUCGACACCAUGCUGGUGCUCUCAUUUGUUGGACAGACGAGAGUGCUCAUGUUGAGUGGCGAGGAGGUUGAGGAGACGGAGUUGCCAGGAUUCGAGAGUUGCCAACAGACGUUCUAUUGCGGCAACGUCUGCGACAACCAGAUCAUCCAGAUCACGGCCGCUUCCGUGCGUCUCGUUAGCUGCGAGACGAAGGCGCUCGUUAGUGAAUGGCGCCACCCAGCGACGAAAAACAUAAGCGUUGCGACGUGUAACAGUUGCCAGGUGAUGUGUGCGGUCGGCAGCGAACUCUAUUACCUGGAGAUCUAUCCUAACGAGCUAAAGCAGAUCAGCAUGACGACGAUGGAGCAUGAGGUGGCGUGCUUGGACGCGACUCCGCUCGGCAGCGAGGGAGAGCGCGCGCAACGCUGUGCCGUCGGUCUGUGGACGGACAUCUCCGCUCGCGUGCUCAAGCUGCCCGGCUUCGACCCCCUCCACGUCGAGAUGCUGGGAGGAGAGAUCAUCCCUCGCAGCAUCCUCAUGACAACGUUUGAAGGCAUCAACUACCUGCUGGUUGCCCUCGGCGACGGAUCCGUCUUCUACUUCAACCUCGCUGCCGACACCGGAUUAGGCAAGCUGCAGCAGGUUGCCGAGAAAGACCUGAAGGGGGCGCCGUACUCACUCGUCGAGUUCAACGGCAAGCUGCUCGCCAGCAUCAACAGCACGGUGCGUCUCUACGAGUGGACGGCUGAGCGAGAGCUGAAGCUGGAAUGCAGUGACUUCAACAACAUCAUCGCUCUCUACCUGAAGACGAAGGGAGACUUCAUUCUCGUCGGAGACAUGAUGCGCAGCAUCACCCUGCUCGCCUACAAACCCAUGGAGGGAUCGCUGGAGGAGAUCUCGCGUGACUUCAACCCUAACUGGAUGACAGCCAUCGAGAUUCUUGACGAUGACACCUUCCUGGGAGCCGAGAAUUCCUCGAACCUGUUCACCUGCCAGAAGGACAGCGCGGCGACGACAGACGAGGAGAGGCAGCAUCUGCAGGAGGUCGGACUCUACCACCUCGGAGAGAUGGUCAAUUGUUUCCGACACGGUUCGCUGGUCAUGCAGCAUCCUGGCGAGAACUCGACGCCGACGCAGGGAUGCGUUCUGUUCGGCACUGUCAACGGAGCCAUUGGCUUGGUGACGCAGUUCCCGCCGGAAAUGUUCAACUUCCUCCUGGAGAUGCAGACGAAACUUGCCAAGGUCAUCAAGAGUGUCGGAAAGAUCGACCACGAGUUUUGGAGGGCGUUCAGCACUGAGAAGAAGACUGAAGCCCCGACUGGCUUCAUUGACGGUGACCUGAUAGAGAGCUACCUGGAUCUCAGCCGUGACAAGAUGGAGGAGGUGACGACCGGGCUGCAGGUGAGCGAGGGAGGAGGCUGCGUCGCCAUGACAACGCCGCGCGAUUCACUCGGAUGA